AUGAACUCUCAGAUCCGUCAAAUUUAUUCCGCCGAAGCAGAAGCUGGCGUCAACCGUCUGGUCAACCUGCACCUGCGGGCCUCUUACACCUACCUCUCUCUGGGUUUUUAUUUUGACCGCGAUGAUGUGGUCUUGGAAGGCGUGGGACACUUCUUCCGCGAGUUGGCGAAGGAGAAGUGCGAGGAUGCCGAGCGGUUCUUGAAGCUGCAAAAGCAUAGCGGCAGCCGUGUCCUCUUCCAAGAUAUCCAGAAGCCAUCCCAGGAUGAGUGGGGUGAAACCCUGGACGCCAUGCAAGCAGCGCCGGCCUUGGAGAAAAACCUAAGCCAGGCCCUUCUGGAUCUGCACGCCAACCACUUCCUGGAUGAGGAAGUCAAAUUGCUGAAGAGGAUGGGUGACCAUCUGACCAACAUUAGAAGCCUGGGCAGCCCCCAGGCUGGGCUGGGCGAGUAUCUCUUUGAGCGUCUCACCCUCAAGGUGAGACCUAGGGGUCUGCGGGGACCUGCAGGAGGGAACCUCUGCAUCCCGCUGCCAUCAGCAGCAAGCUUCUCCAUGCUAACCUGA